UCGAAGUGCCGUUACCAUGGCUAUGGGAUUUUCUAGAGUCCCCUUGCUCCGGCGGCUCCCCGUUUCUUAUCCGGCGCUACCUUAUUCUUCAUCACUUCAAUCCAACCGUAAAAUCAACAUCUCCGCCUCUCUUUCUACAACCGAAGAAUCUACUUCUUCUCUGAUUCAGCAUACACCAGUCCGUACCCGGUGGAAGCCAAUGUGUCUCUAUUUUACUCAAGGUAAGUGCACUAAGAUGGAUGAUCCUCUGCAUAUUGAUACGUUUAAUCAUAAUUGCUCGUUAGAGCUUAUGCGAAAUGCUGCUAGACUUGAGAAUUUGAAGCAGCAGGAGUUUGAGUACUUUUUGGUGCUUGAUUUGGAGGGUAAAGUUGAGAUUCUGGAGUUUCCUGUUCUACUUUUUGAUGCUAAAACCAUGGAUGUGGUUGACUUGUUCCAUAGGUUUGUGAGGCCAACAAAAAUGCACGAAGAAAGAAUAAAUCAAUAUAUAGAAGGGAAAUAUGGAAAGCUAGGAGUUGAUCGUGUCUGGCAUGAUACAGCUAUACCAUUUGCGGAAGUUAUCGAGCAGUUUGAAGUUUGGCUAGGUGAACGCCAGUUGUGGAGAAAUGAACUGGGUGGCUGUCUUAAUAAUGCUGCCUUUGUUACUUGUGGGAACUGGGAUCUGAAGACUAAAGUUCCCCAGCAGUGCACCGUAGCAGGGAUGAAAUUGCCACCGUAUUUCAUGGAAUGGAUUAAUCUGAAGGAUGUGUUUCUGAACUUCUACAAGAGGAGGGCGCCAGGAAUGCUCUCAAUGAUGAGGGAACUCCAGAUUCCUUUGUCUGGAAGCCAUCACCUUGGAAUAGAUGAUUCAAACAACAUAGCAAGAGUAAUACACCACAUGCUAACUGAUGGUGCCGUUUUGCAGUUAACAGCUAAAAGAAACCCCCGUUCUCCUGAAAAAGUUGAAUUUCUUUUUAAGAAUCGCAUUGUAUAACUAUUUCCUGCUGAACCAUUUUGUUAUCACCGAAUGUUCUCAAGUUUCAGUUGAGGUCUGUUGUAUUCUGUGAAGCAUCACGGCCACUCAUGCGCGCCCCGACUCUGCCAAGAC